AUGUUCAGUAGAUCUACGCUCUGCUUAAAGACGUCCGCAUCCUCCAUCGGGAGAAUGCAAUUGAGAUAUUUCUCGCACCUCCCCAUGACAGUGCCUAUCAAGCUGCCCAAUGGGUUGGAAUAUGAGCAGCCAACGGGGUUGUUCAUCAACAACAAGUUCGUUCCUUCCAAGCAGCACAAGACCUUCGAGGUCAUCAACCCUUCCACGGAGGAAGAAAUAUGUCACAUCUACGAAGGUAGGGAGGACGAUGUGGAAGAGGCCGUGCAGGCCGCCGACCGUGCUUUUUCCAACGGGUCCUGGUCCGGUAUCGACCCCAUUAACAGGGGUAAAGCUCUGUACAGGUUGGCCGAACUAAUUGAGCAGGACAAGGAUGUCAUUGCCUCGAUUGAAACUAUGGAUAACGGUAAGGCCAUCACCUCCGCUAGGGGGGACAUUGAACUGGUUAUCAACUACCUGAAAUCGUCUGCUGGCUUUGCUGAUAAAAUUGACGGUAGAUUGAUUGACACUGGCAGAACACAUUUCUCUUACACCAAGAGACAGCCCUUGGGUGUUUGUGGCCAAAUCAUUCCUUGGAACUUCCCGCUAUUGAUGUGGGCCUGGAAAAUCGCUCCAGCUUUGGUCACCGGUAACACUGUCGUUUUGAAAACGGCCGAAUCCACGCCAUUGUCCGCUUUGUACGUUUCUAAGUACAUUCCAGAAGCUGGUAUCCCACCUGGUGUGGUUAACAUUGUAUCCGGGUUUGGUAAGAUUGUAGGUGAAGCGAUCACUAACCAUCCAAAGAUCAAGAAGGUUGCCUUCACAGGGUCCACGGCUACAGGUAGACACAUUUAUCAGUCCGCGGCCGCAGGAUUGAAAAAAGUCACUUUGGAACUUGGUGGUAAAUCACCAAACAUUGUCUUCGGGGACGCUGAUUUGAAAAAAGCCGUGCAAAACAUCAUUCUUGGUAUCUACUAUAACUCCGGUGAAGUCUGCUGUGCAGGUUCAAGGGUGUACGUAGAAGAGUCCAUUUACGAUAAAUUCAUCGAAGAGUUUAAGACCGCCUCUGAAUCCAUCAAAGUGGGCGACCCAUUUGAUGAAUCGACUUUCCAAGGUGCUCAAACAUCUCAAAUGCAACUGAACAAAAUUUUGAAAUACGUUGACAUUGGUAAGAGUGAGGGUGCCACCUUGGUUACUGGUGGUGAGAGAUUGGGCAGUAAGGGUUACUUCGUCAAACCAACUGUUUUCGGUGACGUUAAGGAAGAUAUGAGGAUUGUCAAGGAGGAAAUCUUUGGUCCAGUUGUCACCGUUACCAAAUUCAAGUCUACGGAUGAAGUCAUUAGCAUGGCUAACGACUCCGAGUAUGGAUUGGCUGCUGGUAUUCACACUUCUAACAUUAAUACCGCUCUAAAAGUGGCUGAUAGAGUUAAUGCGGGUACCGUCUGGAUAAACACUUAUAACGAUUUCCAUCAUGCAGUUCCUUUCGGUGGGUUUAAUGCAUCUGGUCUGGGUAGAGAAAUGUCUGUAGACGCUUUACAAAACUACUUACAAGUUAAAGCUGUCCGUGCCAAAUUGGACGAGUAG